UUGGUCGCCUUCCAGCAUCAGCCCAGUAGGCGGAGAAGACUACAUUUCCCAGCAGCCACCUAGCGCCGCCUGUGAGUGUCUGCGCGAGAAUGAAUCAGUGGCGUUGUUAUUAACGCCAUAUUGCAAGCUGAGGGAGUACGGUGGUUGCUGGUCCAGGCACGGGAUUAGAGCGAGCGGUAAAGGGUAUCCAGAGCCAUCCUAUCCGGUACAGGAGCCCGGAACUCUUCAGACACCCCCGCAGUGUGAGAGGCUUUGUGGUGAAGCCGGCGGCCUCGGUAUUAGCUGAGAGGUAGAGGCAGGAAGCGCACAGAGGCCGGCAAUUCCUGGGAGAGGAGCCCACUAGAGCCGCCGUCGUCGUCACCACCUCCGCUGUAAUAACGUUGUCCCCGGGGCAGCACCUAGAGCUCAGGACAUGGCCUGCGGAGCCACGCUCAAAAGGACUAUCGACUUCGACCCUCUCCACAGCCCCGCCGCCUCCCCGAAGAGAAGGAGAUGUGCCCCCCUCUCCCCUUCCGGCCCUUCCCCACAGAAAUACCUCCGUAUGGAGCCGUCUCCCUUCGGGGAGGUGUCCUCCAGGCUCACUGCAGAACAAAUCCUUUACAACAUCAAACAAGAGUAUAAACGCAUGCAAAAGAGAAGACAUUUGGAAAGCAGCUUUCAGCAAACAGAACCUUGCUGUUCCAGUGAAGGCCAACCACACACGUUCCUGCCUUCUGGGCCUACUUUACCUGGCACAUCCACAUCAUCAUCGUCACAGCUGCGUAAAGAACAGCCUUUGUUUACUCUAAGACAAGUUGGAAUGAUUUGUGAACGUCUUCUUAAAGAAAGGGAAGAUAAAGUUCGUGAAGAAUAUGAAGAAAUAUUGACCACAAAACUGGCGGAGCAAUAUGACGCAUUUGUGAAGUUCACUCAUGAUCAGAUUAUGCGACGAUAUGGAGAACAGCCUGCUAGCUAUGUCUCAUGAAUUGCUCUAUGCCUUCCUUGGCUGUGCUCCUUUUUUAUUGCUGCAAGAUGUCCUAGUUAAGAACUGCGGCAAUGCCAUAAUCCCCUCCCCUGUGAACACGGCUUAUUUCAAGCUUUUGUCAGUGGCAACCACUCUUAUGCAGCAACUGGUUUUGGAGUGUUCCCUGAUGUCAGUGCCACCUGGAUGUGGAUCUAAGCUACCUGUAUUGAUAUACCAGUGGCCUCAUUUGCUGUAUUAUUAAAAUCUGGCUUCUUUUGUUAAUUUUAAUAUUUUUUAUUUUUUUUUUGGUUUAAAGCUGGUGUUCAAGAACAUGCCCUAUGCUAGUUGUGUAAAUAAGUGAAAAUAGCAAUUUUUUUUAUUUUUUUUUAUGGAUUUUCAGGAAGGUUUUAACAGUGCACUACAAAGCAGUAUCAAUCACCAAUAUGGUGACAUCAUUCAUGGGACAAUUUCCAAGUUACAUUCAACAUAUUUGACCAAGAGAAUACAAUAAAAAGGGCAUGUCUAUUUUAAAGAACUUUGCGGGAGAUGGUAAAGAUGGAUUUAUGAUUUGUUUUGUUAGUUUUUAUUUAUUCUAUCAUUCUUUAACAAAUGUUUGAUGCAAUUUUUUCCCGUCUAUCAUUGUUUAACUGCCUUGUAGUACUGGAAUUUAGUUGAAAAAAAUAAAUAAAAAAAGAAAAGCGCCCUUUU